GAUAAGUUACCUUUUUCAAUUCUUAUGACUAAAAAAAAUUGGUGUAAUACUAUUUCCAACUACCAACUACCACGGACGCGGGCGAAUUCAUGUUAGUUGAGUUGGAUUUUCUCUUCAAUCCCAUGUCGUCUUCUUCACAGUAAUUGAUUCAGAAUGAAGCAGUGACUGAGCGCCUGAGAGCUGAUUUGAAUCGAAGCCACUGGGGUGGGGUAGAACAAUCGCCAAUCAGAAAAGGGCAUUAUAACUCUUCCAAAUUUUUUGGUGGUUCUCCAGUCCUCUUUAGGAUUCCAUUCGCCAAUGAUCAAGUAUGGCUUUUUGGGAGCAGUAAUGUUAAAGAGAAUUAAUGUUCCAGUUUUGUCCAUUCAAUCACUGUCAAGGGCAUACGCCACUAUAAGCCCUCCACCUCCUAAAAUUUGUGGCUCACCUGGAGGACCACCCAUCACUGCACCCAGAAUAAAGCUAAGAGAUGGAAGGCAUUUGGCCUACAAGGAGUAUGGCAUGCCAAGAGAAGAUGCCAAGCAUAAGAUUAUCUUUGUCCAUGGCUUUACUUCCUCCAGACAUGACGCAGUGGUUGCAAAAACCCUCUCCCCGGAAUUUAUUCAAGAACUAGGGGUAUACGUAGUGGGUUUUGACAAACCGGGGUAUGGAGAAAGUGACCCACAUCCUAAUCGGACAGUAAAGAGUUUGGCUUUGGAUAUUGAAGAACUCGGUGAUCAGCUGGGACUUGGAUCAAAAUUCUACGUAAUUGGUAAUUCAAUGGGCGGGCAGGCUAUUUGGGGAUGUCUCAAGUAUAUCCCAAGCAGGCUUGCAGGAGCAGUAUUAAUGGCUCCAGUAAUCAACUAUUGGUGGCCAUCAUUUCCUGCCAAUUUGUCUAGAGAAGCCUAUUACCAACAACCAGUGGGCGAUCAAUGGGCUCUACGUGUUGCUCAUUAUGCGCCAUGGCUAACCUAUUGGUGGAAUACUCAGAAAUUUUUUCCCUCAUCCAGCGUUAUAGCUAGAAAUCCUGAUAUUUUUUCUGCUCAAGAUCUAAAAAUUAUGAAGAAUAAGCUUUCAACUGAUCCAGAGAAAGAAAAAUCUAAGCAUUAUGCCAAGCAACAAGGGGAAUUCGAAUCGCUUCAUCGGUCCAUGAUGAUUGGAUUUGGGAAUUGGGAGUUUGAUCCAAUGGAUCUGAAGAACCCUUUCCCUAACAAUGAUGGGUCGGUACAUCUAUGGCAAGGGGAUGAAGAUAGGCUUGUUCCAGUUACCCUUCAACGCUAUAUUGCUGAUAAACUUCCAUGGAUUAACUACCAUGAGUUAGCAGGUGCAGGACACCUUUUUCCGAAUGCUGAUGGAAUGGGUGAAGUUAUCUUAAAGCAAUUGUUAAUUGGAGAGACAUAGACUGCUUUUGAAUUGAAAGAGCCCUGUUUUUCCCAUUUUGGGAACUUGGAUUUAUAUGCUUACAAAAUUGGUGAAAAGCUCUUUUGACAUGUUGGAGUUGCUGUAAUAUAGCCUUUAAAAUGAGAAAGGUCACAAAAUAUGACACAAUAUCGACAAAUAUUCUAAUCUAGCAGGGUUUGUGAUGUGUUUUUGCUAAA